CGUCUCCGCUCUGUCGUUCAAUCAGUGACGUGGAUUUUCAUUGAGGCAGUCAGUGCUGCCACAAACACAAGACCUACCAACAUUUCACAGCAUUUCCACGAACUUUCCUCAUAUUUACAAGUCGGAUUCCUGGUUUUCUUCCCUUCGUUUGCCACACUUGAACACUGUUUUGUCAGCGCUUUUAUAAAACAGAGUUUCCCCACAGACACCAGAAUGAGUAAAAGCAGCAAAGUGUUGAACCUGAGGGAUAAAAUCAGUGGUAAUGAAGUGGACCUGAGCCUGUGUAACCUGUCUGAGGUGCCAGUCAGAGAGCUGGCUUUAUUCCCCAAAGCAACUGUUGUAGACUUGUCUUGCAACAACAUCACCUCCCUUCCUCCGGAGUUCUGCAACCUGACCCACUUGGUCAAGGUGGAUCUGAGUAAAAACCAGCUGACCAGUCUGCCAGACGACUUGGGGAACCUGGUCAACCUUCAACACCUGGACCUGUACAACAACAAGCUGACUACGCUGCCUGUCAGCUUCUCUCAACUGCGGAGUCUGAAGUGGUUGGAUCUGAAGGAUAACCCGCUGGAGCCCGGCCUGGCCAAGGCAGCGGGAGAUUGUCUGGAUGAGAAGCAGUGCAAACAGUGUUCCUCCAAGGUUCUGCAGCACAUGAGAGCCAUCCAGGAAGACGUCGAUCGUGCACGAGAGAAACGGCUUUUGAGGGAAAAAGAGCUGGAGAAGAAGAGGGAGGCGAAGCAGAGGGAGCGGGAGGCCAGAGAGAAGGAGGCUCGUAAACGGGAGAAGGCGGAGGAGAAGGACAAGAGGAGGAAAGAGUACAACGCUCAGAUGGCCGCCUUGGCUGCACAGGAGCAACAGAAGAAGAGGAACGAGGAGAGGAAGAAGAAGAACGGACAGGCAGCAGCAGAUAAAAAGGCUGUUGUGCAAUCGGCGCCUAAACCUCGACGUUCUCUGAUUGGCCUGAUGUUCAAGCUCCUCCUGCUGCUGCUUCUGGGAUUGGCCGGAGUUGCCGCCGCCUGCCGGCUGACCGACCUGCAAAAGGAAGCCAUGUGUGUGCCGAUCAACGCUGCCGUGGACGACGGCCUAUCCUGGGCCAGAGAGCAGGAGGGUGUCGUCAGACAGCUGGUGCAAAACAUGUCGUCUGCAGCGAAGGAGUUUCUUGAUUCCACGCAAGCGUCUAAGAACUAAAUACUCAUCUGCCUCCAUCGAUACCCAGAGCUUCAGGUUUUCCACUCCAAUCUGUGAAUACUGGGAUUUUUUUUUAAUAUGCUGAAAUCAUGAUUCUCAUUAAAAUGGGCAACCCUGCUUCCCUUCACCCUGUUUGCGGUGCCGGGAGGUGAAGAGUCUGUACAGAUAGAUGAAGGAGGAUGGACAGAUGUGUAAAAAUCAUCUUAAAUUCCUAUGGAAUUGUUGUCGCUCUUGUACCCUCUUUGUACUACAGCCUGUUUUAUAAAAAGUCAUCGUCUUAAAUGUCUGCCCGUCGACCAUGUUUUGCACUUUGCCCAGCAGCCCACCAGCCGCUUUGCAGUUCGGUGCAUUACAUGGAUCUCGGGCUGAUUUGAGAGAUGUUCAGUAAAAUGUCAGGUGGCCCUGUCUGUGCUGCACUGGAGCGUUGAGUCACGUGUUAACUGACAGUCAAGAGUUGUGCAUCAGCCAGUGUGAGAUGUGGCAGUCUGAGCAUGUGCAGUGAAGGCUGUGUGAAUGUAGAGUUCAACUUGUGUGUUUGGCCUCCUCCGUCUUUCAAGUCUUACAUCAGUCAAACCAGCUAAAUCUCGCAGAUAAAAGAUGUCUGGCAUGCAAACUAAACUGUUACCUCAGUUUGGCUGAUAUAUCACAGAUAUAAUUGUAUCAGUAAAUAACAAGAAACUGCAGUACAGAAAUGUCAAAGAUAUGUGUUAAAAUAAUUUAAAUACAGAGUAAUCAUUACAUAGUUUGUCCAUCAGACAGCAAUGACAAGAUUUUAUUUCAAAGGUAAAAUGUACUGCUCAAUACAAAUCCUCUAAACUCUUAAACUAAUUCAAGGGAUUGUAAUAAACUUGGAGAAAAAAAAGUUAUAAAAUGAAUAUCGGCUGAUAUAUUGAUAUUCUGUAUUGACCUAAAAUAAUCAGUCGUGCACUAACUGUACUAACAGGAUCAUGCAUGUGUUACAUUCUGUCUACAUAUCAUUUUGAUUCAUUAAUCAUGCUGUCGGGCUUCAGACUUCUGGGUGUAUUUCUCGUACUUCCCCUGCAGUCAUUAGUUUCCAUUUAUUUCUGAAUACCAAUUAUACUCUUGAAACCUGCUAGAUUUGUUGGAACAUUAAAUUAUUUAUAUUUAAUUGUUGUUAUGGGGAAAUGCAUUGUAAUGUUGUCAAACCAGAUAACUACAUUACCAGACAACAAUAAUGAAACUUGGACAAUAAUGAAGACUUUGACGAGUCUGCUAAUUGAUUUUCAGACCAUGAAUGGAAACCGGUGGACACAUGGAAGACAGGAAAAAUGCAAAAACACAAACAGCAUGAUUUACAAUAUAAUGAGUGUUUUCAUAUUUUGUUGUUCAAGAGAUAUCACGGGUAUCGUCCUUUAAACACUGCUGCAUUAGUUACAACAUUUAGCCCCAAAUACUCUGGUGACUGAGGGUCCAAAGAGGUCCAAAGUCUGAAAUGCCUUUCUUCUUCUUCUUCUUCUUGUCUGUCAUCUGUAAUGGAAAUGAUAGAAAUGAAAGGAAACUUCUUCUCUGACAGUUCAGCUGGUGACUUUUGAACUUAUUUUCAUCUGUCAGGACGUCUUCAUGCAAAAAAAAUCUGCCUUUACAAUCUGCUGCACUGGUUCUUGUACAGCUUUGUCUAUGCUCAAACAUUGUCAGCGUUAAUAAAUGGCUAUGCACUGCAAGGAA